ACACACGAAUCAUCACUCAUUAUAUAUCCACCCGAGUCCGAGAAGGUCGUCGAAGUAAAAUACUGUUACUCGGUCUUUAAAAAUGGAAAUAUCAAACGGAAUGGUUCUUUUAUGGAAAAGUAUGGUUCUCAAGUCAAUAUAGGAGAGAUAGCCGGAAUGGGGAAAACAUCUCAGCUCAUUUGUUUGAGAUUCACCGAUGACGAGAUUGAUAAUCCGGAACGAACAAGCACUUCAGAGGAGAAAAUUGACAAUGAUAUCAAUGAUAAAACAGAUGGAAAAAAUACAUCUAAUGAGCAAGAAUUCUUAAAAACGGCUAAAACGCCAGUCUACAUAGAUGACGACAUUCCAAAGGAGAUGAAAAAGGAAACAACACCGUGCAAAAACAGCAAGUUGGAAAUGAUCAAUUUGAACGAAUUUGUGAGGUCGAAGGACAUCUUCCAACAACUGGGAAACUGGGUUGGAAUGCGAUAUGGCGGAGUUGUGUUCGACAGUGAGGUUGACGCGAUGAACAGUUCAACGUUUAAUAAAAAACUCUCUGGUAAGAGACAUUUGUAUGUAAUGCUACAGACAGAAAAAGGCAGGAUAAUUGGUUUAUACGUAUCAAGUAAGGUCAAACAAGCUGAUCAAAUACAAACCACUUUCAUAGUUGAUGACAAACAUUUUUUGAUCGAGUUCGAUGGGUUUGAGCUGAAACGAUACAUAAAAGGCAAAACACGACGAGUGAUGUCGGUUGAGUCGCUGAACUCAAAGUAUAUAUUCGAGCUCAGUGAGGGGUUUUCAAUCCACGAAAAUGGUGAGGUUGUUAUUUUCCCAGAGGAAAGAGUUGGUGAGAAUUACAAAGGAAUUGGAACAGUGGAACAUUUUUUUGGUAUCAAUAAAGACGAACAUGUAAAGAUAGAAAGGGUGAUUGUAAUCGAAAUGGGUGGAGACGAAACUGAAGUCACCAAAUUUUACGGCGAGAUGAUGAAGUGUGACGUUGCGGUUGAGAGUUCUGGUAAGUGGAAUGAUUUGAGUCAGGGAAAUCGACUACUAAUCACAAAAACUAAAAUUGUUGAAGGGCAAAAACACACAUCCGAUUCAACACAAUUGUUUGCCUCGAUAAACGAGGGGAACUUUCUUGAUUUGUUUUCAAAGAAGAUCAAGAGCAAAAUGUAUAAAAUAGUUUUUGACUCGUCUGAUAUGGACUUGUGCGCAAAGGUGAUCAACCAAGUCUUGGGAAAGACGAAGAAAACCAGCGUCUUUAUGGAAUUGGAAAAUGGGUUUAUUUGUGGUACCUACCAAGAAAGUUCACCAAUCCCACUUGGCAUUACCGAAAAAACAUUUGUUUUCUCGACUGCUGCAUUUGCAUUUGUCGUGAAAAGCCCAACCUCGCAAUCGCCUUUGUUUUUUGACAAAGUUUCCUCGAAUUUGUCAUACACCUUGCGGCCCGACGAUAAAAUUGGUUCUUUGUCGUUUGAUAUGCUUUUCACGAUUAAGUCAACGGGAGAAUUUUAUGUGCAAAACAGAAUGAGGGAUGCUUUCAGUGGCUUAGGCAAUGUGGAAAACUUUGCAGGUGUUGCGUAUCCCCAAAUAUCCAAGUUGAAGUCGAUGGUUAUUAUUGAGUGGUACUAG